CGCGUGGCCGUGAAGAUGGCCUUCCGCAAGGCCUACUCCAUCAAGGACAAGCUGCAGGCCAUCGAGCGCGUCAAGGGCGGGGAGCGGCAGGCCAGCGUGUGCCGCGACUUCGGCGUGCCCGGUGGCACGCUGCGCGGCUGGCUCAAGGACGAGCCCAAGCUGCGCUGGUUCCUGGAGCAGCUGGGCGGCGAGGUGGGCACGCAGCGCAAGAAGAUGCGGCUGGCCAACGAGGAGGAGAUCGAUCGCGCUGUGUACGCGUGGUUCCUGGCGCUGCGCCAGCACGGCGUGCCGCUGUCGGGGCCGCUCAUCCAGGCGCAGGCCGAGGCCUUCGCGCGCCAGAUUUACGGCCCCGAGUGCACCUUCAAGGCCAGCCACGGCUGGUUCUGGCGCUGGCAGAAGCGCCACGGCAUCUCCAGCCAGCGUAUCUACGGCGAGGUCGAGUCCCCGCCGCCUGCGCCCGGCCCUCCGCCCGUCAAGGAGGAGACCGCGCUGCGGCUGCCCGGGGGCGCGGGGCCCUUCCCGGCCCGACCGCCCGCCCCGCUACCCCCAGCCGACGGCGGCUACGGCGACGAGCAGAUCUACAACGCCAACGUCACCGCUCUCUACUGGAAGCUCCUCCCCGAGCAGGCGGCGCCCCGGGGCACAGGGGACCUCGGGGGAGGGGGCUGCGGCCGGCGCUGGCGGGGCGACCGGGUGACCGUGCUGCUGGCCGCCAAUCUGACGGGCAGCCACAAGCUGAAGCCGCUGAUCAUCGGGCAGCUGCCCGACCCGCCCAGCCUGCGCCACCACAACCAGGACAAGUUUCCCGCCUCUUACCGUUACAGCCCGGACGCCUGGCUCAGCCGCCCGUUACUGCGGGGCUGGUUCUUUGAGGAGUUCGUCCCCGGCGUCAAGCGCUACCUGCGCCGCAGCUGCUUGCAGCAGAAGGCCGUGCUGCUGGUGGCCCACCCACCCGGCCCAAGCCCGGCCGCCAGGACGCCGGCCCUGGGCGAGAGCGAGGAGGGCCCCAGGCGGGCCCGACCAGAGCCCUCUGGGUCCCCGGAAGAGCUACAGACACCCGAUGGCGCUGUGCGCGUGCUGUUCCUAUCCAGGGGCAGCGGCCGGGCGCAGAUCCCCGCGCCGCUGGAGCAGGGUGUGGUGGCCGCCUUCAAGCAGCUGUACAAGCGGGAGCUGCUGCGCCUGGCCGUGUCUUGCGCGGGAGGCUCCCCGCUGGACUUCAUGCGAAGCUUCAUGCUUAAGGACAUGCUCUACCUGGCCGGCCUCUCCUGGGACCUGGUGCAGGCAGGCAGCAUCGAGCGCUGUUGGCUGCUGGGCCUGCGAGCCGCCUUCGAGCCCCGGCCAGAGGAGGCGCAUGGGGGACCGCCAGCCGGCCAGGCAGAGGAGGCAGCUGAGCACAGCAGGGUGCUCAGCGACCUCACCCAUUUGGCUGCCCUGGCCUACAAGCGCUUGGCGCCCGAGGAGGUGGCUGAGUGGCUGCACCUGGAUGACGACGGGGGCCUGCCCGACAGCUGCGGAGAGGAGCCAGGCGUGCGCCCGCCGCCCUGGCCGGCCCCCGAAGCCCCUGCACGCCAGGCCAGCGUGACCCCGGGCGUGGGAGGCAGAGAGGAGGCGGGGGAGGGGCCUGCAGUGGCCCAGCAGGAAGGGGCCCCAGUGCCCACCGCUGGCGAGGCUAUCCGGGGUCUGGAGACAGCUCUUCGGUGGCUGGAGAGCCGGGACCCCGGAGAGGUGGGGCCACUGAAGCUGGUGCAGCUGCGCUCGCUUAUCAGCAUGGCCCGGCGGUUGGGGGGCGUCGAGGGGGCAGUGCCCGAGGACGGGGUGUGACUAGCGGCCUGAGCGUCCGGCAGCUGCCUUUUUCUUCUUUUACACUUGAGGGAGGGGAUCCGCAGUCCAUCUCCCUUCCCCCAUGGCGGCCCACCCCAUGGGCACAGGGGGUAUCACUAAAGGGUCAUCCUGCCCCACUGCCCCCAGUCUCGGAGCUGGAAGAG